CAUGAAUCGCAGGCACACCACCUUGCGAGAGAAGGGCCGUCGGCAGGCCAUCCGAGGCCCUGCCUACAUGUUCAAUGAACGUGGCACCAGCCUCACGGCAGAGGAGGAGCGUUUCCUUGAUGCAGCAGAGUACGGUAACAUUCCUGUCGUCCGCAAAAUGCUGGAUGAGUCCAAAACGCUUAACUUCAACUGCGUGGACUACAUGGGGCAAAACGCUCUGCAGUUAGCAGUUGGCAACGAGCACCUGGAGGUCACAGAGCUCUUGCUAAAGAAGGACGGGAUGGCACGCAUUGGCGACGCGCUUCUUUUGGCGAUCAGCAAAGGUUAUGUGCGAAUCGUGGAGGCCAUUUUGGCUCAUCCGGCAUUCGCAGGCGGUUUGAGACUGACUUUGAGCCCGCUGGAGCAGGAACUGAGGGAUGACGACUUCUAUGCCUAUGACGAGGAUGGGACUCGUUUUUCGCACGACGUGACGCCGGUUAUUUUGGCCGCGCACUGUCAGGAGUACGAGAUCGUACACAUCCUGCUGAUGAAGGGCGCCAGAAUCGAGCGGCCACAUGACUACUUCUGCAAGUGCUAUGAGUGCACAGAGAAACAGAGACGUGACUCAUUUAGUCACUCCAGAUCGCGCAUGAACGCAUACAAAGGGCUCGCUAGCGCUGCCUACCUGUCACUGUCCAGCGAAGAUCCCGUACUGACUGCACUAGAGCUCAGCAACGAACUCGCACGACUUGCCAACAUAGAGACGGAGUUUAAGAAUGACUACAGGAAGUUGUCUAUGCAGUGUAAAGAUUUCGUGGUUGGCGUUCUGGAUCUCUGUCGUGACACAGAGGAAGUGGAAGCUAUUCUGAACGGUGAUGUGGACCAGAACCCACCCGCAGAACACCAAAGACCUUGUCUGACCCGCAUCAAACUUGCCAUCAAAUAUGAAGUUAAAAAGUUUGUGGCUCAUCCGAACUGCCAGCAGCAGCUGCUGACGAUCUGGUAUGAGAAUCUGUCAGGUUUGCGGCAGCAGUCCAUCGGGGUGAAGUGUUUGACCGUUCUGGGUGUCACUGUCGGAUUGCCUUUCCUCGCCAUCGCCUACUGGAUCAUGCCCUGCAGCAAGCUGGGUCAGAUAUUACGGAGUCCCUUCAUGAAGUUUGUCGCUCAUGCCGUGUCGUUCACCAUCUUCCUGGGUCUGCUGAUUCUGAAUGCAUCAGACCGGUUUGAGGGUGUGAAGAACCUCCCUAACGAGACCAUAACAGAUCAUCCACGGCAGGUGUUUCGUGUCAAGACCACGCAGUUCUCCUGGACUGAGCUCCUCAUCAUGAAAUGGGUUCUGGGCAUGAUCUGGUCGGAGUGUAAAGAGAUCUGGGCUGACGGGCCGCGUGAGUAUGUGAUGCAUCUCUGGAACGUUCUGGAUUUCGGGAUGCUGUCGAUCUUCGUGGCCUCCUUCACCGCUCGUUUCAUGGCGUUCCUCAAAGCAUCCAAAGCUCAGCUCUAUGUCGAUCUGCAUGUCCCCAACCAUGACAUCAGCAACGCAUCACUUCCUGCAGACAUCGCCUACUUCACAUAUGCGAGGAACAGGUGGAGGCCGUCGGAUCCUCAGAUCAUCUCCGAGGGUCUGUAUGCCAUCGCUGUGGUCCUGAGCUUCUCUCGCAUCGCAUACAUCCUGCCGGCCAACGAGAGCUUCGGCCCCCUGCAGAUCUCUCUGGGACGAACUGUGAAGGACAUCUUCAAGUUCAUGGUCAUCUUCAUCAUGGUCUUCGUGGCCUUUAUGAUCGGCAUGUUCAACCUGUACUCCUAUUACCUGGGGGCCAAAUAUAACCCCGCCUUCACCACGGUUGAGGAGAGCUUUAAGACUCUGUUCUGGUCCAUAUUCGGUCUGUCGGAGGUGAUUUCUGUGGUUCUGAAGUAUGAUCAUAAGUUCAUCGAGAACAUCGGCUAUGUUUUGUACGGGGUUUAUAACGUCACCAUGGUGGUGGUUCUUCUCAACAUGCUGAUCGCAAUGAUCAACAGUUCCUACCAGGAAAUAGAGGAAGACGCUGAUGUGGAGUGGAAGUUUGCUCGCGCUAAACUCUGGUUGUCAUAUUUCGAUGAGGGACGGACGUUGCCUGCGCCGUUUAACCUGGUGCCCACUCCAAAAUCCUUCUACUAUCUGAUCAUCCGGGUCAAGUCCUGCCUUAUACGACUGUGUAAGGGCAAAGGUCAUCGGCAUGAAAACGAGCUGGAGAUGGGAAUGCUUAAUUCACGCCUGAAGGCUGAUCAUCAUAGAGCAAAUCUUAGAAGCCGAGAGGAGAACACUUUCAAGAAACCCAUCAAAAACCCCACAAGAUAUCAAAAGAUAAUGAAGCGCUUGAUUAAACGCUAUGUUUUGAAGGCUCAGGUCGACAAAGAGAACGAUGAAGUUAAUGAAGGUGAACUGAAGGAAAUAAAACAGGACAUCUCCAGUCUGCGCUACGAACUUCUGGAAGAAAAAUCUCAGGCCACUGGAGAACUGGCUGACCUUAUUCAACAACUCAGCGACAAGUUUGGCAAGAACGCUAAGAAACAACCUUGAGACAGACAGAUGGAGAGAGUUAUAUGGUAGUUUAGGAGAAGAAUAUGGACACUUAAGACACUUAAAAAUGUCUGAAUGUCAUUCAGUAGAUAUAAAAUGCAUGCAAAAGAUGCACAAACACACUUUACAAGCAAAAUAUCUGACAGACGGAUGUUUUUACGGUUUGAGAAAUAAACUAGCAACUGCGAAAAAAGUCCAAAUUACUAGAUUCACGCAAUUGCGAGAUAUAAACUAUUAUGAGAAUAAAAGACUUGUGAAAAAAAAUACUUUUUUGUAGAAUUGUGACAUAUAAACUACCAGCUCUGAGAAAUAUACUCUCAAUUGUGAGAUAUAAACUAGUAAUUGUGAAAAAAAGCAGAAUUACAAGAUUCCCACGAAUGCAAGAUAUAAAUGACCUAUCCUGAGAAGAAAUAACAAAAUUGUGAGAUAUAAACUAGUAAUUGUGAAAAAAAAGCAGAAUUACAAGAUUCCCACGAAUGCAAGAUAUAAAUGACCUAUCCUGAGAAGAAAUAACAAAAUUGUGAGAUAUAAACUAGCAAUUCUGAGAAGAAAUGUCGAAUUGUAAGAUAUAAACUAUCAAUUGCGAAAAAAAAGUCUGAAUUGCAAGAUUCCCGCAAUUGCGAAAUAUGAGCUAUGUAUUCUGAGAAUAAAAGACCAAAUUGUGAGAUAUAAACUAGCAACUCCAAAAAAAAGUCUGAAUUAUGAAAUUCCUGCAUCGCAAGAUAUAAAUGACCUAUCCUGAGAAGAAAUAUCAAAAUUAUGAGAUAUAAACUAGUAAUUGUGAGAAGAAAUGUUCGAAUUGUAAGAUAUAAACUAGCAAUGGCAAAACAAAAGUCUAAAUUAUGAGAUUCCCACAAUUGCAAGCUAUAAACUUCUUAUUCUGAGAAUAAAAGACCAAAUUGUCAGAUUUAAGCUCUCAAUUCUGAGAAGGAAAAUCUUAAUUGUGAGUUCUAAAUUAGCAUUUGCGAAAAAAUGUCGACAAAUUGCGAUAUAUGAGCUAUGUAUUCUGAAAAUAAAAGAUCAAUUUGUGAGAUAUAAACUAGAAACCGCAAAAAAAGUCUGAAUUAUGAAAUUCCUGCAUCGCAAGAUAUAAACAAACCUAUAUAUGAGAAUAAAAGACCAAAUUGUGAGAUAUUACUAGGCAAUUGUGAAAAAAAGACUGAAUUACGAGAUUCCUGCGGUGGGAAGAAAAGUCUGAACUAUGAGAUAUAAAGUCCUCUUCUCAAAAUAUUGAUGUAACAUCUCAUGCUUAUGUUUUGCAAUUCUGACUUUUAUUCUUAGAAAAAGGACUUUUAUUCUUUUUUUUUUUAAUUUAUUCUGUAGUGGAAACAAGCUUCUAUAGAACUGUAUUCAUAAAUCCGCUAAAAAUCAACAGCUAAGAAUAAAGAAAAUGAACAUUAGUGAAAAGAAAAGAUUCUAGACACACUGAUACAGACACACACUUGAUUUAAUGAAUCACAUUCAGACAUUUGUAAUGAUAGUUUAUAUGGGAUGUUGUUGUUGCAUUAAAGUGAAAAAAGAGUAGUGAUGUUUUCUGAUAACAAAACGGCUUUAGUUCCCCAGACUGAUUCAGUUACAUCAUCAGUCCAAUCAAAAUGAUUUAUCUCAGAGCUGGUUUGUAAGUGAAGGAAAAUAGCAAACAGGACUGUCUGUGAUCAGUGAAUGAUGAACUGAUGUGAAUUCACUCAGAUAAUGAACAUCUUCCAGAAGAGAGAGUGAGAGAUGAGAAAAACUGAGAGGAGAGUCGAACAGAAUAAACGAGGGUUAAAGGCUCAAAGCAGGUAUGCAGUGCAUUCUGGGAUAUUGCCCCCCUUAAGAGUCAUUUCCUGUUCUGAGAUUGUAUCUCAUGGGAGAUAAACAUACAGAGAAAAGGAAAACAGUAGAUAAAAACACUGUGAUGUUGACCAGUUAUGAUAUCAUUUAAUUUAAAAAUGUUUGAAUCAUUUAAUGAUGAGUCAGAUGAGCAGUAACAGUGAGGUGCGUAAACAUCUUUUUUCCUCUUCACACCAUGCAGGCCGUCUAAUUAACACAAGAACACAGACACACACACAUGGGUGAAUCUUACAAAAAAAAUAUAUAUAUAUAUUUCACCCGAAGAUCAAAAGAGAGAAAAAAUAAAUAUUUUGCAUGAAAUA